UUUCGCGCUUUUUUUUUUAAUCCUACAUUAUGGUUUCUACUUAUCGAAAUAAUUAUUUACGUGAAUAUAUCGCUAAUUAAUAUUCGUCCUCGAUAGGAAUAUUUAUUUUGGGUAUAUAUAUUAAGAGUAUAUCGCGUUUUGAAGGUUAAGUAACGUUCGAAAUUGUACGUUGAUUCGUUACCGAUGGAAUCUCUUUAAUUUUAAGUACCUUAGUAAUUAUUUUUAUUUAUUUUCUUCAUUUAUCCUUCGCUGAUAAUAAUAAUGUAGAAUCGUUAAUGGUAUGUUUAAUGAAUGUUGUGAUAUUUCUCCAAUUAUGAAAUACGUCUUCUUUAUGUGUAAUGCAUGUUCGUUAUGUAUUACAUUUGUUGAAAAAUGGAAACGUAUCUUUGGAAAGUGAUAUAUAAAAAUGGCGAGUGCUUGUGUGGAAUCUAAUUUAUUUCUGUAGGGUCUUAUACAAUUUUUCAUAAGGAUGAUGGAGGAAGUAUUGAAUCGCGGCAGUACGCCAUCCAAAGAAACUUCUUUUCCAGAUAGUAACGAUUUAAAUUCUACGCCUACAUCUAAUUCGGAUGAAAGAAUAUCAGAUGGCAAUGUACGGCUGUCUUUGAAUGCCAGGACUCCAUCUACUAAAAAGGCUAAAAGAGUCAGAUUCUUUAGAAAUGGUGACAAGUUUUAUACCGGUGUUGUUAUGGCAGUAACGCAUGAAAGAUAUCGUAGCUUUGAUAGUUUAGCUUCUGACUUAACUAGAGCCUUAGUAUCAAGUGUGACAUUACCUAAUGGAGUUCGAGCCAUUCAUACCAUGGAUGGAAGAAAGAUACAAAAUAUUUCCGAAUUAGAAGAUGGUAAAUGCUAUGUAGUUUCUGGACAAGGGGAAAUCUUUAAAAAGGUCGAAUAUUCAUCGUCAAAAGUAAAAAGAGGAAGCUCCCUUUCUGGUUUACCUCAAACUGCAGCUGUUACUGGUAGACAAAUAAGCGCUAUUCCUUUGUGCGUAAAAGCAAGAAUAGUAACGUUGAUAAGACAUGGUACUAAACCAAGAAAAGUAGUACGUCUUUUAUUGAAUAAGAGAAAUGCACCAAGUUUAGAACACGUAAUGGAAGCUAUUACAGAAGUGGUAAAGCUUGAUUCUGGAGCUGUAAGAAAAGUAUAUACUUCGUCAGGUCAGCAAGUUACUUCUUUGGAACAAUUUUUUGAAAAUGACGAUAUCUUUUUGGCAUAUGGAACGGAAAAAUCAAAUCAAGAAGAUUUUGAAUUAGAUUUUGAAGAAUCCAAAUGCGUCCAAAGUUUCCGUAGAUGUCCAUGGAUUUCAAAUAGACAAAAUGGUCCAAUGCCAAGAAUGCCACGAAAAUCUGGAAAAAAGGUUCUUACUACUCCUCAAGUCAGAACACCAAGUCCAUCUUCAUUAAUUUUACCUCAACCACUACGUUUACAUUAUGCCGUGGGACAUGUAAUCGGAGAUGGAAAUUUUGCUGUAGUAAGACAUUGCAUUCAUAAAGCUACAGGAGCAGAAUAUGCUAUGAAAAUAGUCGAUAAGUAUAAGUGCCUAGGAAAGGAAACAAUGUUAGCAAGUGAAGUUGCAAUUUUGCGUCAAGUAUGUCAUCCAAACAUAAUUAGUCUGGUCGCAGAACAAGAAACAAUGGAUCAAUUGUUUUUGGUCAUGGAACUUGUCAAGGGUGGUGAUUUAUUUGAUGCAAUAGCUGCUGCAACCAAAUUUUCAGAAGCCGAAGCUAGUGUGAUGAUAGGACAUUUAACAUCUGCUUUAGCAUAUCUACACUCUCAUCAUAUUGUACAUCGUGAUAUUAAGCCUGAAAAUCUUUUAGUUGAAAUGGAGGGUAGUCAUGUACGGUGUUUAAAAUUAGGAGAUUUUGGACUCGCACAAAUAGUGAGAGAAAAUCUUUACACUGUGUGCGGAACGCCAACAUAUGUAGCGCCUGAGAUACUUGCAGAAACUGGAUAUGGAUUAAAAAUCGAUGUCUGGGCAGCUGGUGUGAUUUUAUACAUUUUAUUAUGUGGUUUCCCACCAUUUGUUUCCCCAGAAAAUGAACAAGAAGAAUUAUUUGAACGUAUUUUAAGUGGUCAAUAUGAGUUCACCUCACCUUACUGGGAUACAAUCUCAAAUUCUGCUAAACAAUUGAUCACAAAUAUGCUUCAAGCACAACCAGAACUAAGGUUCAGCGCAGAAGAUGUACUUGAUCAUCCAUGGCUAGCGCAGAGCUUUCUAGGAGGCAAGCAGACCUCAACAACAUCUACCGACUCGACGGAGCAAUACGGGGAUCAGCAGUGUAAGCCGAUAAGGCUAGCCACAUUUGAGUUUGACUAUAAGAAGCAAAGAAAGCAUGAUGAUUCUCAAGAAAAAGCGAAUAAUAUUGAUAAUAGUGAAAGGUCUAAUCAGAAUAAUAUACCUUCAUCCUUGGAUGAUAAUUUCAUAUUUUAUAUGAAUCGUUAUCAACUGAGAGCUUUGGAUAGCAAAGAUGAAAUAGAUUUGGUUGGUGAAAACUAUGGCGAAAAUGGACCUAUGUCUCUUAGUGCUGAUUGUUUGCAAGAUAUUCAUGCUCUUGAUCAAUCUGUGCACAAUCUUAUAAAUACUCUUAAUAAAAAUGAACAUCUUGAAGAUCCUUUAAGAUUAUCACACAGUACAACUUCUUCAAUGAGCAGUAUUCCUAAGAAUAUAAAUUUAUCUUUACACAAAGAUAAUUCCACGUCAUUAAUAUGUGAUUAUCAUAAUAGUUCUUCCUUUCGCAUUGAUACACCUCCUAAUAAAAGUGUUCCCUUAGCGAGGAUAACUAAGUUAAAUAAAAGAAAUGGAAAUUCCUUGAGUGAUAUAAAUUUUAAAGAAGAUACACAAAGCAUUCAAAUUUUUCAGCUAAGUAAGAAAACAGAGAGCAAACGACAAAAUAAAAAAAAUACACGAUUUUAUAAAAACUCCAAUCUAUCAUCUAAUACCAAGUUAAUGUAUAAAAGUGAUGAUCUCAAGAAUUGUAAUACAGUAUCGUCUUCAACUGACAGUUUUACUGGUAGUUCCAGUAAUGAUAUAGAAACAUCUGAUAGUUUUGUUAAUAUUCAAUUCGCUCAAUCAGCAUAUAAUCGAAAAUCAAGUUCGAUUCAAAGUAUGGAGUCUACGGAUAGCUUCGAAAACAUAAGAAUCUCUCCUAAUCAAGAUGUAAAAUGCAACAAUGCGAACGAUCCAAAUCAAAAUAAUUGUAAAGAAGCUGAAAACGUUAACGAUGAAGUAUUGAAAAAAAAGAUUAUUCUAAGAAAUAAUACAUCUAAACUACCUAAAGCGCGAAACUUUCAUGCAGAUGACAAGAUUAAUUCUGUCAAUAAUAUGACGAAAGGACAAGAUGCAGUAAGACAUUUAAAAAAUGGUUUAUCAUAUUACAGUGAUGAUAACCCUUCGAGGAUAAAAACCUGUACCAAAAGUUCGGUGAAAAUGAAAAGAUUUAGUUAUAUUCCUCAAUACUCUACAAAGAAAUCUGUUGAGUGCAUCGAUAUUAGCAAUUCGUCUAAUUAUACAAGUAGAAAGGAUGGACGAAAAUUUCGUUCUACCGAUGAAUUGAGAAAUGAAAAACAAAAACAAGUUAAACCAAAACGAUUUAGUCUUUACUAUACGCCGCAACCUUCGAGGAAAACAUACGAGACAGAACCUAAAGAAAUUAAGAAUAUGUAUAAAAAUUCUAAUAUGGAUAAUAACGAACGCCAUAAUAAUGUUAAAUUAGUUGAUGGUAACAAAAAAAAAGAUGAUACAACCAAAUAUGACGAACAGAAAAAUUUAAGAAAUCGGAAAUCUGUUAUAGAUGCAUCGACUGUUGCUAGCAGAAGUAAAAUAAAUGAAUAAGACAUUGAUAUUAUAUGUAUAACAUUAAAUGUUAUGGGAUAACAAGUCAGACAAAAUCUGUGGAAAUGUAUAGAUUGAAAAAUGUAUUAUUAAGAUGGGUUCGGUGCCCAGAAAAAGUCCAAAGGUGUAAUGAUUAAGUAAACAUAGUACUACUAACGGUGAAAUGGUAUUAGAAAGUGACAUUAUAUUUGUUUUCGGCUUUGAAAUAAGUAACUGUGAUUAGAACAGAUGGGACACAAAUAAUACAAACGAGACAUGCCAAAUGCAUUUAAAUAGAGUAUUUUCUAUUUGAUAGGUCUAUGUAGUUUGAGUAAUAUAUAAGCAAAAUGGUAGAGACUUAAACUUUCCAAGAAAAUAAGUGCAUAGGUAAUUGAAGUUAUAUAUUGCAUAAUUAGACAACGUAAUAUUGACUGAAAUCAACUGUUUUUAUCCUACGACGUUAGUAGGAAAAGAGUCAAAAAUUAUGAAGCAUGUUCCCCUUCUAGGAUAUAUUUAUGUAAAUGAUUAUUAGUAACAGAAUUUGUCUAUAUGGAAUCGCCAAUCAAUAUAAUAUACUACGUUCACUUUUAAAGCCAAAAUAGAAAAUGUAUUAUAGACAAGAUUCAAAAUAGCCAACAACUAAAUACAUGAGUAUGCAUUAAUAACUUGUCUGUUUCCAAUUAGUAAUACAUUCACAAUUCUUAAAGACAAAAAGUCUUUUUUUCUUUAAUAGGCUUAUGUUCCUGCGACUCAACGCUAGAACGAGUUUGACAAUCGAAAUGGCUAGAAAACAUUUAAUAAACUGCAAGAAAAUAUUCUUGUAUUUCUUUGUCUUGCUAUUUUUACUUGUUUUUAUUUGUAGAAAUUGCAUAUCGAUACGUAUCAAUAUUAUUCAGUGCAAAUUGUAUUGGUAAAAUGAUAAAUAAAUAAAUAAAUACAAAAAAAAAAAACAUUGGACAAAUGCUAUCAUCGCGUUUUUGUAAUAUCAAUUAAUAAUUGGCGACAAUUAUUUGAAGUCUCUUACAUUAUCUGAUCUUUUUUUCCUGACAAAUUAUUUAACAAUUGUUUCAACAAAUCAUUAAAAUUAUAGUUAUUUGAAGAACUUAUGUCAUUUUUGCCAUGCCAAAAAUGUAUCGGAGGAAAUAAUAUUGUAUCCUAAUAAUUGGUUUAUAAUAUUGCAAUGAAAUCCAUAUGGAAACUCGAUCUUUAUCAUAUGAACUUGAAUAAUAUACAAGUUUUAUAAAUGUUAAUAUUAUUUACAUAAUAUAUUUUAUAAUUCUAAUAUUUCAUUGGUAUUGACGAAUCAAAGAAUUAAUAAUUGCAAGUUGCUGAAUAUGUGUUCAUUUAAUUGAUUAGCUUUGAUACAUAUUGAUACGCAAUUUUGUUAUUUUAAUACUUGUUUUAAGCAAGAUUUUUGUAUCAUUAAGAUAUUUUAUAUAAAAGAAAUAAUCAAUAUUUAUUCAGAAUAUUUUUGAUUUAGUUAGAAAUUGUUGGUUACAUUAGUAAAGGGUAGAUGUUAUGCAUUCAAUAUGUUGGGAUUUUUUUUCUUUUCUUGACGGCAUAUAAUUCGUUAUUCAAAAGUAGAUUUAUGUGAUAAAAUUAAUAUUUUUAUAAAGUAUUAUGGUAAUAUACCAAGCAAUUAUGUGAGCAAUGUGGAAAGAUUAUGUAUAAAAUUAAAAGUCUUGCAAUAUAUUUGUAGCAAGUAGAUAUUUGUGCAAGUUUUAAAAUGUUAUUUAAAUCACAGAACUUUUAGUAUGAAAUUAUUUUUGCAGAGUAAAUGACACAAGUAAAAUAGGUACCAUUUCUGUUGUCGCUUGCGCUCUGGCUUAUGAUUAUACAAUUUUGCUAGAAAAUUUUUGUAUUUUAUAAUGUGGAUAAUGGUGUUUCUUAAUUAUCUUGUAUAUACACAGUAAGAAAUACGUAAAUAUUAUAAUUUUUUCGAAUGUUCAUAAAUCAUGUGCAAUAGAAAUUCAUCAAUAAUUCAUUCUUAGAUAAAUCAUUCAUACCAAAUAUUGAAAUACAUUGUUUAUAUAUUUAUAUUACAUAAUAUUAUUCUACACAUAGGUAUAUACGUGUAUUUACAUAAUAUAUUUUAUAAAUCUAUAUUAUUUCCAUUAAUAAUAAAUACUGCAUAUGCAUACGAUAUAUAAUUAGCAUUGUAUAUAGUACAUCAUUUAUGUAUGCUAUACUUUACAUAUUAUGUAUUAAGUAAAUAUAAAUGUACGUUCAUUCAUAAAUAGUAUAUCAUAUAUUGAUUGCAAUUUGUAUUCAACAUAACAGCAUCGUGGUGUAUUUUAUUACGUAAUGAUUCUUAUAAAAUAUUUGUAUUUAUUUUACUGAUAAUAUAACGUUCUAUAAUAUUAAAACAAAGAUGAAAUUUAAGCCGAUUUAUAAUGAAUUUGUAAAAUUCUAUAAUGUAAAGUCUUGAUAAAUCUAAUUAAUUCGAUGUUUUAGUCACUCCCUAGUAUAUUUUUCCAAGAUAAAAGAACUACAUUGAAGUUUGAGUUGAUAUUAUGGAAUAUUUUAAUAUACUUUUGUAUUUAUAAGAUUAUACCACAGUAUUAUAUUAAUAUAAACAUAUUAAAAAAAAAA